AUGGCAGAAGCAGUUGUGGAUCAACUCAAAAACACGUUGAAGUCGGGAGCUGAUAAAGCCUCGGAUAUUAAAGACCAUCCAGGCAAUGUAAUUGUGGUGUCGAAUCGACUUCCAGUGACCAUCAAAAAAAACCAUGCCACUAACGAAUAUGAAUACUCAAUGUCAUCUGGAGGCCUUGUAACAGCUCUUCAGGGGCUAAAAAAGGCAACCACUUUUCAAUGGUAUGGGUGGCCUGGUCUGGAGAUUCCAGAUGAGGAGAAAGAUGUGGUAAGAAAGGACCUUUUGGAAAAGUUUAACGCAAUUCCUAUCUUUCUAUCGGAUGAAGUCGCCGAAUUGCAUUACAAUGGCUUUAGUAACUCUAUUCUGUGGCCGCUUUUCCACUACCAUCCCGGUGAAAUUAACUUUGAUGAGAAUGCGUGGCUGGCUUACAAUGAGGCCAAUUUGGCAUUUGCUCGGGAGAUUCAGAAGAACGUAUCUGACAAUGACAUUGUUUGGGUCCACGAUUACCAUCUGAUGCUUCUUCCUGAAAUGCUUCGGUCUGCGAUGAAGGAAAGACAUUUGAAGAACGUGAAGCUCGGCUGGUUCUUGCAUACCCCUUUCCCAUCUUCAGAAAUCUACAGAAUUUUACCUGUCAGAAGAGAAAUUUUGAGAGGUGUGUUGAGCUGUGACCUGGUCGGUUUUCAUACUUACGAUUAUGCUCGGCAUUUUCUCAGCUCUGUUCAAAGAGUGUUAAAUGUCAACACCUUGCCGAAUGGUGUGGAAUUUGAGGGUAAAUUCGUCAAUGUGGGAGCAUUCCCUAUCGGUAUUGACGUGGAUACCUUCACGGACGGUCUUAAAGAAGAAAGUGUGAUAGACAGAAUCAACAAGCUCAAACAAACGUUCAAAGACGUGAAAAUCAUUGUUGGUGUAGACAGAUUAGACUACAUUAAAGGUGUCCCUCAAAAAUUGCACGCGAUGGAAGUAUUUCUGGACGAGCACCCGGAGUGGAUCGGAAAAGUUGUAUUGGUCCAAGUUGCAGUGCCUAGUCGAGGCGAUGUAGAGGAGUAUCAGUACUUGAGAUCUGUGGUAAAUGAGUUAGUUGGCAGAAUCAACGGUCAAUUUGGUACCGUGGAAUUUGUGCCCAUCCAUUUCAUGCACAAGAGCAUUCCAUUUGAAGAAUUAAUUUCACUGUACGCAGUAAGUGAUGUAUGUCUAGUCUCGUCCACUCGUGAUGGUAUGAACCUGGUGUGCUACGAAUACAUUGCCUGCCAAGAGGAGAAGAAGGGUUCGUUGAUUCUAAGUGAGUUUACUGGUGCCGCUCAAUCGCUGAAUGGUGCAUUCAUCGUGAACCCUUGGAACACUGAUGAGCUUGCGGAGUCCAUUCACGAAUCGCUGACGCUCCCAGAGGAGAAAAAAGAUGCCAAUUGGGAAAAACUCUAUAAAUACAUCUCCAAGUACACCUCUGCGUUUUGGGGCGAGAAUUUUGUCCAUGAACUGUACAGAAUUGUCCCCAGUGACAAUGAUUCCACAGAUGUACACCAAUAA